GAAUAAACCUCAAGGGCGGGUUUAAAUGAUAAGUGAUGUAAUUCCAAUUUUUUGGCCUUGGCCAUUCAGAGAAUCAGGUAUUGAAUGUGGAAAGAAAAAGGAUAGGAAUGCGGGCGUCGAGAUAAAAUUUGCCUAACUCCAGACGGUGCAGUAGGAAGUCAAGUGCAUCACUAUAAGGCGACAUCCUGUCACCAUGGCAGGAUUCAGACAAGAGGAUGUGGAGGUGUACUAUGAGAUGGGAGAGGAACUGGGGAGCGGGCAGUUUGCCAUUGUGCGCAAGUGCCGCGAGAAGAGCACGGACUCGGAAUACGCCGCCAAGUUCAUCAAGAAGCGGCGGCUGUCGUCCAGCCGGCGGGGCGUGAGCCGCGAGGAGAUCGAGCGAGAGGUGAACAUCCUGCGGGAGCUCCAGCACACCAACAUCAUCACGCUGCACGACAUCUUCGAGAACAAGACCGACGUCAUCCUCAUCCUGGAGCUGGUGUCCGGCGGGGAGCUCUUCGACUUCCUGGCUGAGAAAGAGUCCCUGACCGAGGAGGAGGCCACUCAGUUUCUGAAGCAGAUCCUGGACGGCGUCCACUACCUGCACUCCAAGCGUAUCGCCCACUUUGAUCUCAAGCCUGAAAACAUCAUGCUGCUGGAUAAGAAUGUUCCUAACCCGAGGAUCAAGCUGAUUGACUUUGGGAUUGCACAUCAGAUCAAAGCAGGAAAUGAGUUUAAGAACAUCUUUGGCACACCUGAGUUUGUAGCUCCAGAGAUAGUCAAUUAUGAGCCCCUUGGCUUGGAAGCUGAUAUGUGGAGUAUUGGAGUCAUCACGUACAUCUUGCUAAGUGGUGCCUCGCCCUUCCUUGGAGAGACCAAACAAGAGACACUGACCAACAUUUCGGGCGUCAACUACGACUUUGAUGAGGAGUAUUUCAGCAAUACCAGUGAACUGGCCAAGGACUUCAUUCGUAGACUGCUGGUCAAAGAUCCCAAGAAGAGAAUGACAAUUGAAGACAGUCUGCAGCAUCCUUGGAUCAAGGUGAUCAAGAGGCGGAACGUGCGGCAGGAGGAGAGCGGGCGCAAGCCGGAGCGGCGGAGGCUGAAGACCACUCGUCUGAAGGAGUACACCAUCAAGUCCCACUCCAGCAUGCCGCCCAACAACACCUACGUCAACUUCGAGCGCUUCUCCCAAGUGAUGGAGGAGAUUGGCGCUGCCGAGGAGGGCCUGCGGCAGCUGGAGCGCAAUCAGCGGUCCUGCCAGGAGGACGUGGCCGCCCUGCUCUCCAUCUACGAGGAGAAGGAGGGCUGGUACAAGGAGGAGAACGAGAGCAUCGAGGGCGACCUGGGCCAGAUCCGCCAGGAGCUGCAGCGCGCCCAGGCCCAGCGCCGCCAGAGCCAGGAGGAGGUGCGCUCCGCCCUGCUAGCGGCCAACGCCCUCAAGCGCAAGUUCGGGCGCCUGGAGAACCGCUUCGAUUCGCUGGCCGAGCAGGUGGCCUCGGAGGUGCGCUGGGUGGAGGAGCUGGUGUGCUCGCUCGCGCCGGAGAAGCUCUCUGGCACCAGCCUGUGCUGACUGUUUAUCCUCUCUGAUAUGGUCUGAGUCCUGACUGUCUUCUCUCUGCUUCUCUCAUUCUCCAUGCCCGUGUAGCUGAUGCAUGAAAUGACUGUACUACACGUGUAGAGCAGCUCCGUUAAUGAGCGACCCAGACUUAAGUUUGUAUUGGAAGCUCCUACUGUAUGCUGAAGUCUUCCCUGCCUCAUUCCGGGUUUUCAGAUUAUGACAUGCAUACUUACACAUGUCUAAUGCGAUUACCUCUUAUUGUUUGGACCACAUACGCUCUGAGUGGCUAUCAUUGUUUUCAGUGUGAGUCUUUAAAAAAAAAUCUUCACACGGUGAGUCUGUACUUAUCUUAUUUCACUUCUUUUCUUUAUGAAUGAAUUCUUGAAUGAAUAUUUUGGCUUUCUGAGACAAGUCCAACAUUUCUUUUUUUACUUUUGUGCAUUGUUAGUAAGCUACAUGUGUUUGAAAUAAUAAUUUUCUGAAUUAAUUACAGGAUAUAUAUUUUUAGUCUUACUCGCUACUUUUAGAUUUGUUUAUGCCAGAUUCCAGGGUAGAGGCCUGUACUGUAAUAGUCUCUUCAUCUAUGCAUGCAUGUCUGUAGCCUCAGCCCAGGUAAUGAGCUGCUACUGCCCGGUAAGUUGGGCUAUAGCCAUCAAAAUGUGCCUCUCGCCCAGUAGAACGGUAGUCUGUAGCGAGUAGAAUGCUGAAUGUAGCAAAAUGUAGUUCGUAUCAACAUUUCCAUAUCUUGAGCGACUUCACGCAAGCAUCGAGAAAACAUGGCAUGAUUAAGAUGCAAUGGUUUUCGUACAUUACCUGUGUAAGACCUGUGUUAUGGUUUGACGGUGCUUUCAGUAUGGGUAAAGUGCAUGUAUAUCAUUAAGACCCUUUUCAUCAUGUGCUGUAACACUGAUGGUCUGUUCACAUGUUGCAUUACAUGUAAAAAAGUAAUGGCUGAAAGAAUCAGAUAAAACUAAGACUGUAAUGGGUAACUCCACAGGAAGGACCUCUUAAACAUCGGUGCCUUUUGAAUGAUGUGAUCAAGCAGCUUGUACUGUACUGCUGAACUGCAAGGCAUGAUGACAUUCAGUUUUCCAGUAAUGAACCUGGACAAUAGACUCAGGACGCUGGUUUUAUAUAAGCCCAGUGUUUGCAAUAAAACACAGCUUUCAUUGCUCUGCAUACAAAUCAGAAUACUCGGUUAAUACAAUAUUCUGUGCAAUACAAAUGUAUGAAUUUGAUAUAGAGCAUAAUGUGUCGUCAUUAUUUGUCCAUCAGUUUUUAACCUUGCAGUUGAAUGUCACUACUGCCAAAUUGUAUGCAUGAUCUUCAUUCAUCUGUCAAAUAAUUGUAUUUUGUCUUAUUUUUAAAUGUCUUUAAACAUUCCGAGUGUAAUCCUAAUUUGAAUGUUAUCAUUCCAUGGUUACGUGUAUAAACUAUAUAUUUGCUUUUAAAAUAUAUAAUAUAUAUAUGUAGCAGUGUAUCCUCUUAGUACUACUGCUUUUUACAAAUGUGUAAUCAUUCAUUGAAAGUUGUCAACACCAGUUAUGUUCAUGACCACCCUGAACAUGUUUCUUUUUAAUAAAGACAAUUGAAACCGU